UGCACCAGCCAUCACGGACCUGUUUUCAACGCCGGCUCUUGCUGCGAAUGAAAGCGCCGAUGAGGUUGUCGUGGGUCUUCUCCCGGGAGGACUGCCGCCUUGCGAGGACGUUAAUGAGGGGCAAAAGCUUGCUCGACCGCAACAUCAACCGCGGGAAGAUGACAAUUUUAAUAUUGCGGACCACGCUGUAGGCAAUGCAAAUCCCCCGUCGACCACGGCAAGAACGCGAC